CUGCAUCACGUAAAGUGAUUUCUGUUCUUUUAAGAAGAACUGUCAUUUAAACUUUAAUGAAUUGAAAUGAAGUUUAGUGGCGUUAUGAGUUCGGAUCUGCCGCUGAUGAUGACGCUGUUGUCGGAUUGAACCAAUCACAGUCUCAUAACCCUAUUCAUGUAGAAUGGCUGAACAUCAGAUCGAUGACCCAAAGAUUGCAUUCGCAUAUCUCCGCCCAUCCUGUGUGCUUCUGACCAAAGAACCUACAGUCGAUAACGUAAAGGCUCUCAGCGGUCAUCUCCGCAGUGUUAACGAUGGAGCCCUUCAGCAACUCCAAGACUACGUUCUGUUCCCUCUCAGAUUUGUCCUCAAAACCCCUGGCUCCAAGCAGGAGGCACUCGUCCAGGCGGUCAUGGAAACCAUCUCUUACAUCCUGGAGAACACAUGCCUUCGGAGAUGGGAAUCUCUUCGGGAGUUGUUCUCAGAGUUGUGCCUUUGUCUCUGUUCCCCAAAAGACCCAGGAAAGCCCUCCCCAAGCUCAGAGGAACUGAAGCUCUCCGUCCUCAGAUGCAUAGAUGCCCUCCUGCAUUCUGCAUAUGGAGAUAUUGUUUUCAAGCUCUAUGAACCAAGCAUGUUACCUGGACUUGGAGCGGCCGUGUUGUUGCUUCUUGCGAUCGUUGAACAAGAAAAAGCCAGAGGAGUCCAGACGGCUUCCCUUAAAUGUCUCCUGGCUCUGUUUCAGCAGUGCGACUGCGUGCAGGAUCAUGUUAAGAUGGAUCUGAACGAAAGGUUUCUGCUGGGCCGUACCCUUGCCACAUUUCUGCCCGGCGUCUCUCGUGCGCUGAGUCAUGUGAUUGGUGGAGACGUCAGACAGGGGCAUGCGGUUACGGUGAAGGCCAUGAGGGUUUGGUACAGAUCGGUAGCUUUGGUGAUGGCUGAUGAACAGUUUGAGAAAAAAGAUGGCGACAACACUGUAGCGGGUGAGCUAGAGAGGGUUCAGGAACUGGUUGUUAAGAGGACCCCAUCUUGGCGCAAGACCACAACACAACGUCUUUCAGUGAUCCUCCAAAAGAUUAUUUCGUACACCUCGGCGCAUUCGCACUGGAGGGUCAGAUUGGAGUUGGUCAAUCUGUCCCAUGUCCUCAUCUCACAAUGCAGUCAGUCUAUGGGUGAAUGUGUUGGGCUUUUACUGGAAGCUCUGGUAGGUGCCACCAAUGAUGAGGAGUCAGAUGUUAAAAACAGAUGCAAAAUUGUGUUGCGUGAAGUUGCGCAGAGAAGCCAAUCCACCAGUGGGCAGGACUUUACUGAUGUCCUAUCUGAAAACCUUCACAGCUUGGUGUCGUCUUUACCUCGGCUCAUGAGGACUACUGACGAUCAACGCAAACUUUUCACGCUCAAUGUGUUCCUGGGUUACCUUGAGAUUCUUGGGCCUAAAGUGGAUAUGGUGCUCACAUCAGCGGUCCAUCUAGAGCGCAUCUCCAAAGCUCUCAUGCAAGUGUUGGAGCUGGAUGUAACGGAUGUGAAGAUCAUCGAGGACAGAACUUUAACGCCUUCGACGGAUCUUGGACCUGAUGUGCAUCAGUUGCAACCCAAGAGGAAAUAUUUUCUUUAUUUUACAGAUGACAAGAUAUUCUUUGCGCUUAGAAAGAUCUGUCGAAUGUUGGGAUACUAUGGGAACCUCUACCUUCUUGUCGAUGCCUUCAUGGAGCUGUAUAAGGAGUCGUCUGUUUACCGAAAACAGGCAGCUUUGGUACUCAAUGAGAUCAUUGUUGGUGCAGCAGGUAUUGGCGUGGAGAUGAACGAUUGUAGCACAAACUGUUUCAGUUCAAAUCAAGAUGAAAUCAAAUCAUCAGUUGUCUCGAUCAUCGAGGAAUACAUCAGUUUUAAUAACUGGCAUCUUCCUACAGUGUCCGAGGCUCAUGGGACACUUGACCCUCCAUCCUCCUCGUUGCUCACUAAUCCAGAUAAAAACCAUCUCCAGAUGCUUCCAGACUCCGGAAGUCCCACACUUCAUCAUCUAAACAGUAACAUCUGGCAGAUCUCCAUUCAGCUGGAGGGCAUCGGUGGUUUCGCUUUGGCUAUAGGCAUUGAUUUCCGUCUGCUUCUUAUGACAUCGCUCUACCCUGUGCUGGAGAAGGCCGGGGACGAGUCGCUUCUCAUCAGCCAAUCGGCUUUCAGCGCCAUGUGUGAUAUAUGCAAGGCUUGUGAUUAUAGUUCGCCAAAGGAGCUGGUGAUUAAAAACUCAGAUUAUCUUCUGAACGAUGUUUCUCUGAACUUGGUUCGAUCCAGCGCUCACCCGCAUGCUCCCAGGGUUCUUGCGGUCAUGUUCGCUCAGUCAGAUGCAGAUCUGCUGCCUCUAGUGGCCGAUGUGGUGCAGGACGUAUUAACGGCUCUCGAUCUCAAUUAUGAUCAGCAGACGCCACAGUUCUGCGCUGUGCUUCACUCGCUCAUGAAGGCAGUUGUGAGGUGGUUCCCUAUCAGUACUGAACACCAGAAACCCAACAACACAAAGAGUGAAGAUUGUGUGAAUCUGAAGAGAUUUCUUUUGGACUAUAAGAAACAGAAGGAGCUUGCAGAAGGCAUUGGAGUAGAAGAGGAAGAUUCGGAUGAUCAAGAUGUUCAUCCUUCAACAUCAACACCUGAUGAAGACAUGGACGGUCCUGAUGUGAAAGAGGAACUUCCUCUGCAUGUCCAAAUAGCAAAAGACGUCAUGAAGCGAUGCGUCCACCUGCUCUCCGACCCCAGCCUGAGGAUACGACUCAAGGUGUUAGAUAUUCUGGAGUUGUGUUUGUGUGUUUUGUGUGAGAAAGAGAAUGAACUUCUUCCCAUGGUGCAUCAGUGCUGGCCUGCUCUCCUCCACCGUCUGAUCAGUGACGAUCCUCUCGUCAUCCCACGAGCCUUUAGGGUGUUGUGUGUACUGGGCGAUUGGUGUGGAGAUUUCCUCAGUAAGCCUGUUUCUCAGGAGGUCCUGCCCCGUCUCACCUCCAGUCUGAUGAAGCAGGCGGAGAUCAGCGCCCGCUCUGGACCCAUCUACACACACACACUGGCUUAUAAACUACAGCUGGCUGUGCUGCAGGGUCUCGGCCCGCUGUGUGUCAAACUGAACCUGAUGGAGGCCGACCUGGAUCGAAUCUCUGACGCCUGUCUUCCGUACCUGAGCUGCCGACAACCAAUCAAACUGCAGGAGGCGUGUCUCAGUGUUUUCCUUCACCUGAUGGAUGUGGAUUCAGAUUGGUGUUGGUUUACUCUGAAUGAGAUCUUCUGUCCUGUAUCUUAUGAGCCUCCUCAUCCACACCUGCUGCCCGUGAUGCUGAGUGGAUCAGACAAGCCGAGAAACGAAUUCACAGACAACAUCCUCAAAUUACUGAAGGGGUUUGAUUCCCCGCAAGGGACGAGAUGAGAUGAGAAGGACAAAUCACAGGGAUUUAUGGACCAUAUGUGUGAACUGUAACGCAGAGGAAACAGAUUGAUGAUAGAUUUGAUCAGUCCGUACGUGUGUGAUAGACGCAUGUCUUGGUUUGUCCUAUACAGACAUUUAAAAUGUUUAUAAUAUUUUCUGACAAAAAUACCACCAUCAUUAUAGCACUGCUUGUUCUAAAAUAAUACAUUAAUGUGGAAAUAUUUAAACAGCAUAAGGUCUCUUAUUUCAUUACAAUGUCGUCAUGGUUUAAUGAUGCCAAACUUGUAACAAAAACUACAGGAGGGUAACUUUGGGGUAUAUUGGAAGAAACUGUUGGUAAAUUUGAUCUGUUUGUGCUAU